AUUUGUCAUUGUUGCUCCACUGCAGCAGCAGAUCAACAGACAAGCACCAGUUACCCUCUCAAGAGAACUCAAGACUCCAGCAACAUGGUAUCCAUGUGCCGCCAAAUACUGGGCUUCGCCCUGGCAAUCAUCGGCUCCCUGGGAGUCAUCAUCAUCUGCGCCCUCCCCAUGUGGAAGAUGUCGGCGUUCAUCGGGGCCAACAUUGUGACGGCGCAGAUCGUCUGGGAGGGCCUGUGGAUGAAUUGUGUGGUGCAGAGUACUGGGCAGAUGCAGUGCAAAGUCUACGACUCCAUGCUGGCACUUCCCCAGGACCUCCAGGCGGCUCGAGCGUUGAUCAUCAUCAGCAUCAUUGUGUCAGUGGCAGGGGUCAUCCUGGGCCUUGCCGGAGGGAAGUGCACCAACUUCGUGGAGAACGAGGACAGCAAGGCCAAGGUGGCCAUCGCCAGUGGCGUCACCUUCAUCAUCGCCGGAGUGAUGUGCCUCAUCCCCAUCUGCUGGUCAGCCAACGCCGUCAUCCAGGAUUUCUACAACCCGAUAAUGACCGCCUCUCAGAAAAGGGAGCUGGGGGCGCUGGGUCGGCUCUUUAAGCAGUUCCUUGGCAGCAUCCUGGCCCUGCUUGGCUGGGUAGGGGUGAUCCUCGUCUGCGGACUGCCCAUGUGGAGGAAAACAUCCUAUGUUGGCAGCAAUUUCGUCACGUCUCAGAGCGUCUGGGAGGGAAUCUGGAUGAACUGCACGGUGCAAAGCACCGGGAAGAUGCAGUGCACCGUCUACGACUCAAUGCUGGCUCUCAGCAUGGACUUACAUGUUGCUCGUGCCCUGGUGGUUAUAUCACUGGGGUUGGGCAUCGCUGGGCUUCGCAUGUCUUUUACCUCUCAUAAGGGUAACAACUACGUCCUAGAUAAAAACAGCAAGAAGGAAUCUGCCCUUGCUUCAGGUGUGGUUCUGAUCAUCUCUGGAGUCUUGUGUCUGAUCCCUGUUUGUCGGACAGCCAGCACAAUCACUAACGAACUCUACAACCGUGGACUGGUGAACGGCCAACGGCACAAACUGGGGGCUUGCCUCUACAUUGGCUGGGUGGCCAGCUUUUUUCUGGUGGUUGGAGGAGGACUUCUCUGCAGUUCUUGUCCUAGAACGGAUGAUCAAAAACAAACAAACAAAACGAGUACCAGCUUGUGAACUUGUCUAGUAGGU